GAGCGGUGUCGCUCUAUAGCAACGAGGAGGUUUGCGCGGGCCGGGUUUGCGUUGCCAUAGCAACAAGGGCGAAGCGGUCCGGGCCUGCUGCGAGGCAUGGCGGGAGUGAUGCUCUGCGAACCCACCGAGCUCUACAACAUCCUCAACCAGCACCGUCGCUUCCCCAGGCUGUCCGAGCCCAACUACCUCAUCCUGCUGGGUGAGCCCGUGGAGCACAGCGGGGUGGCUGGCAGGAGCGGGGCUGCUUUCCUCAGGAAUGGGGCCUAUGCCCGCACUCUUCGUGAGUACAAUGAAAGCCACAUCAUUACAGCACGCAGGAUUGAACAGAGCCCUACAGGGGAGUAUCUGGUGCCAGAUUCUGAGGAACUGGCAUGUGUCAGAUACUGCGUGGUGUAUGACUCUAUGACCAGCUCUUUGGACUUCUAUGACUUUGAGGAAGAGGAAAAAGAGAAAGGAAGCAAUGGUUCUUCAGAGACUGAACACUCUGAGUCAAGUUCCUCAUGUUCACAGAAUGCUGAGGAAGGAACUGCUGCCCAACAUGCCAGAAGCUUGCAGCAGUUCACCCGCCAUCCGGUGCUUGUCCUGAGGGGAGGAUACAAACGUUUCUCAGCUUGCUAUCACUUCCUGAGGACUCAGAAGAUAUUGUGGAUGCCUCAGGAACUCGACAACUUCCAGCCAUACCCUGUAGAAAUACUGUCUGGAAAGUUGUAUAUGGGCAAUUUCAAGCAGGCCUGCAACCAACAAAUUCAGAAAGAUUUGAAGAUCAAAGCACAAGUCAGCAUUUCUGAACAGCCUGCAACACUGUUGGCAGAAGAAGGCAAAUACCUCCAUAUAUCUGUUCCAGAUUCACCUGAAGCAGAUCUUUUUUCUUCCUUUUCUACAAUUUGUCAUUUCAUUGACACCCAGCUGGAUCUCGGAGCAGUGCUGGUGUUCUCUAGCCUGGGGAUAAGCCGGAGCAGCACAGUAACCAUGGCCUAUCUUAUGCAUUCCUUCCAGUUUUCCCUGAAGAAAGCUUGGGACUACGUUCUGAAAUGCAAAACGAAUGUGAGACCACACCGGGGCUUUGUGAAACAGCUUUCAGACUGGGAGGCUCAAAUCUAUGGGACCACCAUCACUGAUGUCUCUGAACCCAAUUACUGAGCGCAGGAAAGGAUGUUUCUUUGUCUGCCCCUUGCCUCAUCUGUAGGUAGAAAGUGAACUCAACUCUGUUGACAAAGCUGUUAACAUAGCUGAACUGUUUUUAUCUUUAGCUUUAAUAAAUGGAGUCCAUAUUUGGAGCUGUUAGGGAUGCUGGUGAGGGUGUGGGCUUGGGGAGAGCAAGGCCUGCAGGGUAUGGCCCACUGAGCACAGUUUGCUUCUCCUGUAAGUUAGGGGGCUUGUGACCACAUUACUGGGCAUUCUCUCUGCCCCCAACUAGGGAGGUCGUUGGGGUUCUUUCUGAAAAGAUUUGUAGAAUCACUAAGAUUGGAAAAGACCUCUAAGAUAUCAGUCCAACUGUCCACCUA